AUGAUGACAAGACGUUAUAGAGAGCAGCUCAAGUUUUUAGCGCUAUUCCUUGUAGCUUUGUUCGUCGAUUAUGUGGAUGGAUUUGCCCCAACUUCCCAAGGAAAAGUUUCCACCAGCGAUCGCACCGCCACAACCCUGUUGCAAUCUACCGCCGAGACGGUAGACGAAGCCUACAAACCCUAUCAAGGAGAACAGCCAAAGGAAGCAUUAUCAGAAGUAUUCAUUCCCCAAGUAAUGCCCGACGUAGAUGAAGAAUUGCUCUGGGUUCCUCAAACCGAUACAGUUUCCUUCCGACCGCUCUGCUUUUGCGUGUCGAGUGGUUACUACGUCAACUUAUUGCGAGUCAAAGGAGCUGGACUAUUGUCAAGACACAAACAUCCAGGUCCCGUUCAUGGGCAUGUCCUCAAGGGCAAGUGGAAGUAUUUGGAACAUGACUGGGUGGCCGAACAAGGAUCCUACGUCUUUGAACCGCCGGGUGAGAUUCACACACUGGUAGUCCCCCAAGGAGUGGGAGAAAUGAUUACUCUAUUUCAUGUUACGGGAAGUUUGUUGUAUUGCGACCCAGAGGGCAAAGUAGUGGGCGCUGAAGAUGUCUUUACCAAGCUCGAAUUGGCCAAGAAGCACUACAAAGAAGUUGGCCUCGGCGAGGAUUUUGUCGAACAGUUUGUGCGGUAA